GAGCCAUUUUUGUUUCAUGGCAGAGAGCUCGGCAGCUCUCAUUUCAAUGCUCUCAGAAGGGACUCGGUAAAAGACACCUGAAGUCCUUAUGCAUACCAGCUGUGAAGGUGCACCAUGAAUUGUGAAGAGCAGGGCAUGGGGAGGGUAGUCCAUUCCUGGGCCAGAUUUGCCCCAGCUGGACAAACUGCCCUCGAAGAGGCCCUGAGGGUCUUUAACCCCAUGUCCAAGAAUCUGUCGGACACUGAGAGACAAAUGGUGUCCUUUCUUCAAGAGCUGAGGAAAGAGGGAGCCAAGCCUGUGAUUUUGAGGAGCAAAGAUGUAUAUGGAUACACGUCUUGCACCACGGAGCCAAUCUCUUCCAAAAUUGGCAGCAAGGUUCAGAGAGUGCAGAAACCUUGCAAGAAGCGAGGACGGAAAGUUUUGAGCAAGUCCAAGGAUGUGAAUUACGUGACGCUCAGUAGAGCGGCAAAGGACAUUCUCCAAAACCAACCCAAGAUCCUGCUUACCAAUCUCUCGGUGGACAGUCUUAAGCAGAACGUUGGAUCGGCAAUGCUAGAUAAACAUUCUGUUCAAGCGCAGCAGUGCCUCAAGCUAACAAACAUAAAGGGGUUGACCGGAGGCCACACAGCGAGGUUGCAAAUUCACUUUGAAAAUUCUAAAAGCGCCCCCAGUUUUGCUCUGGGACGACCACCGGAUCUCUCCGGAAUUCCGCACUCUCCAACGGAAAAUGGCAGUCAGACAUCAAAUGUAGUUGCCUUGGACAACAAACGUGUUUUGUUAUGUCCGUUCAAAGUAGACGAUGCCCUUAUUGGAGACUCUGCCCCAGUAGUCUAUCAAAAUGGUUUUGGUCUUAAAGAUGCUAGCAUUUAUAAAAAGAUCGAAACUGUAUCAGGUAAACCUGAUGUGAUGACCAGUGGUCUGGACAAUGGUUCAGUGAGGAGACUCCGUUUCCAAAGCUAUAACUGGUCCCAGGCUACACUCACCAAUGGCCAAGACGUUUCUAGACUGAAUGGCAAUGGUCUUGAAUGGAAGGUUAUAAAAGUAGAUGAUUCGGUCACAGACGAGGAAGUGAGAAGGAAGGCACAAAAAAUCUUGCAGGUUAACUUGUCGCCUGUGAUACAGAUCCAUCCCCUUGUUGACUCUGUAUAGACUCUUGCUGGGGAUUUUUUGUUUGUUUGUUUGUUUCCUCUUUUAAGUUUUCUUGUUUUGCAAAGUUGCGUUUUGUGGAAACAAACCCUAGGUUAUCUCUGGAUGGGAGCAUUGCAGUUACCUCCAAAUUUUGCAUUAUCAUCAAGUAGUUACUAACAUCAUAAUCCAAAGAUGGGAUGCUUUUUUCUGCUCUCACAGUAUUUUGUUUUCCCGACACAUCCCAACUUACCUUUCUUUUGUGUAUUUUUAUCUAACUUCUGAAGAAUUGGACUGAUGAACAAACCCUUAUUUAUGACUAUGCAGUUCCCAGAAUGUUCCUUGUGUUGGAAUACUGUGGGCAUGGAAUGCUGUCUCACUGGAUCAUGGGAACAGACUGAAUUUGUAGAGUCCUUGGCUCCUGCUGAUGUCAAUGCCCCCCGGGGUUUUUUUUUUUUUUU